AUGGCCACUCUCCAAGCAAUCAAGUAUUCGCGGGGCAAGUUGUUAGUGCUCGACCAACUGAGGCUGCCGCACGAACACCACUAUGACGAAGUCUCGACUGCCGAGCAGGCCUUUGACUGCAUCCGGUCGAUGAGAGUCCGGGGCGCGCCCGCCAUUGCCAUCGUUGCAGCGCUUGCUCAUGCGGUCGAGCUUCACAAUGGGGACUGCACUGCCACGACCCCUGAGGAAACAAUAGCCUACAUCGAGGGCCGUCUUGACUACCUGAAGGAGAGCCGUCCGACUGCCGUCGAUCUUUCCAACGCCAUCACGCUGCUCAAGCUGGCUGCGCGUGCCGCCAAGCUUGAAGGGCUUGCCCACCCCGAGGCCAAAGAGGCCAUUCUAAACUCGUACAUCGAAGCCGCCGAGAACAUCUUGGCUAAAGAUCUCGAGAACAACAAGUCCAUCGGCUCGUUCGGAGCGACCUGGCUGCAGCAGCAGUACAACGCCAGCGCGGACCGCCCACUCUCCGUGCUCACCCACUGCAACACGGGCUCCUUAGCCACAUCUGGUCACGGCACCGCCCUGGGCAUUAUCCGUAGCUUGCAUGAGACCAAGUUGCUGAAGCACGCCUACUGCACCGAGACGCGGCCGUACAACCAGGGCAGCCGGCUGACCUCAUUCGAGCUGGUCUUCGAGGGCAUCCCAUCGACCCUCAUCACCGACAGCAUGGCAGCCGCGUUGUUCGCGCUGCACCGAGAGCGGAUGAACAUUGGCGCCGUCAUUGUAGGCGCUGACCGCGUAGUGCGCAACGGCGAUACUGCCAACAAGAUCGGCACCUAUGCGUUGGCCGUGCUAGCCCGCCAUCACGGCGUCAAGUUUGUCGUGGCUGCGCCGACCACUAGCAUCGACCUCGACACCGAGAGCGGCGAGGGGAUCAAGAUUGAGGAGCGCAAGCCCGAGGAGCUGACCCAGAUCUCGGGUGCUGUCGUUGGGCCGGACGGCAAGGUCGAUACCACUCAGACUGCGCGGGUGGCCAUUGCGGACCAGCGGAUUGGUGUCUGGAAUCCGGCAUUUGAUGUCACGCCGAACGCGCUCAUCGAUGCUAUUGUGACUGAAAGGGGGACUGUUGUUAAGGGAGCGAACGGGCAGUUUGACUUUAGCCAGGUGCUCCCUGAGAGGUGGCGGUGGUAG